CCCAGCGCAGAGAGGCUCGUAAGCCGAAGCCCUCAACAGCCUCUCUGGUUUUCCUGCGAUUUGCCAUCAAAUCAUGGGAUAGUGGUGGAGUUUUUUUCCCCAUCAGGUGUUGUUGCUCGAAUUUGGAAUAUGGCUGUGAAGCUCUGUGUACACUUUUCCUCUCUCCUUCGGGGAUUACCACAGAAAUAGUGUGUGUGCAUGUGUGCAUGUGCUUCUGUGUGUACGUGUGUGUUUUCAGCACUAUGCCUAUUUCUGAUGGUGUUGAAUGGACUGGCAGAAGUGCAUCACCAUGAGAGGGAGUCACCAUCACCGAGAGUGUGGGUGUCAGCACCUGUUUAGAAAACUACUCAGCAAAUGUGGCUGCUGCUUUGUCAAAGCCAGAGCAGAGUCGUACUCUGUGGCAGGCAGUGAUGGCAGUAUCACUCCCUCAGUGGGCUCUGUGCCUCACCAGGCCUCAGGCGGCUCCAGUCCCUGCUCGCACUCCUCGUCUGGAGGCUCACGGCACCCUGUCACCACUCUGAAGAAAUGGCUUACCAAUCCCGUCCGCAAGCUGAGCUCUGAUGCCAGAAGUGGAGUGGGGAAAGGCGAGAAGCAGAUGUUUGGGUCAGAUGGGAGGCAACCAACGUUGAUCCUUUCCCACACUGAAACUCAGCAAAGGCCUAUGGAAGUGCACAAUAACUACACCAUCCUCACCUCUGGAGACACAGAGUGGAAAGAUGGCCUGUUGAAUCCAACAGCUCAUUCUCCUUUACGUCCAGCUUCUCCGAGCUACUUAUCGGACCUCCUGCAAGGCAGAGACGCACAGAGUCUAAGUCAAAGCAUCAACACUCUGCAACGGGAGGACAGCUGUACUGUAACCGAUGACUCAACCAGCCAGUGUUCUGGUACAGUGGACAGUGAAGAAGAGAGAAACAUUGCUUUAGAGAAGAGCAUAUACGUGCUAACAGAGCUGAUAGAGACUGAAAGGCUAUAUGUUGAAGAUCUUGGACUUAUAGUGCAGGGUUACAUGGCCACCAUGGGUAAUCAGGGCGUUCCUGAGGACUUGAGAGGAAAGGACAGGAUUGUGUUUGGAAAUAUCCACCAGAUCUAUGACUGGCAUAAGGAUUAUUUCCUGGGAGAGCUGGAGAAAUGUGUGGGUGAUCCAGACAGCCUGGCCCGGCUCUUCAUCAAACAUGAGCGGCGUCUUCACAUGUAUGUGGUUUACUGUCAGAACAAACCCAAGUCCGAGCACAUUGUCUCUGAAUACAUUGAGACAUACUUUGAGGAUCUCAGACAACAGCUGGGUCACAGGCUGCAGCUCAAUGACCUGCUUAUCAAACCUGUUCAGAGGAUCAUGAAGUAUCAGCUACUGCUGAAGGACUUCUUGAAGUAUUACAGUAAAGCUGGGAAGGAUGUGGAGGAGCUGCAGAGAGCAGUGGAGGUUAUGUGUUUUGUGCCAAAACGAUGUAAUGAUAUGAUGAAUGUGGGAAGGCUCCAAGGUUUUGAGGGGAAAAUCACCGCUCAGGGGAAGCUGCUCCAGCAGGAUACCUUCUCCGUCAGCGAGCAGGAAAGUGGCUUCCUGUCCAAAGCGAGGGAGAGGCGGGUCUUCCUGUUUGAGCAGCUGGUCAUCUUCAGUGAGCCAAUUGAUAAGAAAAAGGGUUUCCCUUUGCCGGGGUACAUCUUUAAAAACAGCAUCAAGGUAAGCUGCCUUGGUGUGGAGGAGCACUCUGAAGAAGAUCCAUGCUGUCUGGUCCUGACUUCCCGAGGCACUGACGGCAGUGUGACGCGCUUCAUCAUGCAGGCAUCAUCUCCGGAUAUACAGCAGGCUUGGCACAGUGAUGUGGUCCAGAUAUUAGAGACUCAGAGGAACUUCCUUAAUGCUCUUCAAUCUCCGAUAGAAUACCAACGGAGGGAAAGUAAGUCAAACAGCCUGGGCAGGAACAUGAAGUCUCCGUCUACACCAGCAUCUGGCCUGUGGCCUCACUCCUCAGCAUCCGUGGACAGGCGUCAGCAGCCCUGCUUGCUGUCUUAUAACACCUCCUUGCCCUCUAUGCAUUCAUCCCAGCACAGCCCGGCCUCGCAAACGGUGUCUAACCCUUGCGUGGUAACACUUCGUGCAGCUCACCCCUCACUUUCCUCUCCCAUGCAGCUCAGUCUGUGCUCAGAGGUGAGACGUGACUGUGGCACAUCCAAUGGCCUGGCUCCCUGCAGCUAUCACAGCCUGCAGGGUGUGCCUGCCAGUUUCCAGACGAUCACAUUUAAGGACGCUGGGACUUAUUCAGCGCAUCAACUAAAUAACUUGGAUCAGCUCAAGGAGAGCGAGCAAUAAUGCGCUGCAGUGUCACAUGAACUCAGUUUACCCUUCUGGAGCUGGAGUACCUCGACUAGGUCUGACUGCCAGGACACUUUGUUCCACUCAUGUACACAAGCUGUCCGAGUCUGCGUGUCUCUGUUUUCACAUAUUGUCUCAUAUUUCCUUUAGGCUUAUAAUGUGGGGACUAUUCUAGUGAAGUUACGUUGGUGUGACUGUAUUCAUUUGAGUGCAUCUGCAUAUACAUUACCAAUCAGCUAUAACAUUAAAAACAAGAUGAACCGAACAAUUCCGAUCAUCUCUUGCAAUGCAAAAAAAUGCUGCGAAGCCUUAGGUGCUGCCAUUCAUCUGGAUGUUACGCUGAUAUUCAGAGACCAUCUAAAUAAUGUUUCUUCCACCUUAUUAGCGAAGGCACUCCUUGAGGGCAGCAGCCUCUUCCAGCUGGACAGUGCACAAUACGCACUGCAAAAACUGGACGUAAAGCCAGAUUUGUUGACUUGGCCUCCAAACUUUACCCAUUCUGACUGAGGUUCUGCACGAAGGCACGAGAAAGCCCCGUCCACAGAAGCUCCACCCUCCAUUCCACAGAACACAAAGUUUGCCACAGACUCAGUGAACCUGCAUCCAUGCCCCCAAAGCUGGGAUGUCAAAUUCAUUUUACAUUGGGGGGGCACAUACAGCCCACUUUGAUUUCAAGUGGGUUAGGUUUAUCUACACAUUUAAUGCCUGUGAUAUCUUAAUAUAAGAAAAAAGUGCAAUUUCAAAAUUUUGUCUCAGUUUUUCUGCUUGAUUAAAAAAAAUGUUGCCAUAAGACAUGAAAUAAUUUUAUCAGGAUGACUUUGGGGUUAAAUUGUAAGAAAUAAAUGUGUAAAAUUACAUAAAAAGUUCUGGUAUCUCAUUUCCUUGACUGUCCUGUAAUUAUAAAACAGAAGAUUGUUGUUAAUUCACAUUUUUUUUAAAUUAUUUUUAUUAUUAUUAUUUUUAAUGUGGACCCAUUAUAAAACAAACAAACAAGAAAUGUUUUAAGAAUAGAUGUUAAAAAACAAAAAUGGGGGCAAACAAAAAUUCCGUUUUUUUUCUAAUUGUUAAUACUUUAAUGUAGCAUGACUUCCCAGGAGGGCGGUCCUUAUCAGCAGAAAAAGCUGUUAAAUAUACCAAAAUAGAGUUAAAAGUCGAGAAUACGCCCUCUUUCACAUUUUCCAGUAGACCAGAUUGGUGUCUGUGUCAGGAAGAUUCUGGCCCCCGGGCCUUAUGUUUGACACCCUUUCUCCAAAGAUGUCUUUUCACUAAGCAGGUUAUUUUAAUGUUUUGGCUGAUUGGUGUAAAUGCAGGCAUAUAUAUAUAUACAUGAAGUGUAUAUAUCUGUGUCACCACGGAGACUGUGCUUCACAGUGUUUAUGUAUUCAUUUCUUCCUGUUUCCUUUGAAAAUUCUUUGAUGGAUCUUUGUAUAAUGCGUAAUAUUUUCACAGGGGACCAAUUCCACUUUAUUCCCACAGAGAACUGAGAUCUUAAAUCCCUCCUCAAAUAACUGUAUCCAUGAAAUUGCCAAGUGACUGUAAAUCCCAGUUAUAGUCCAGGAUCUCAAUCCACACGAGUUACGUGUAUCCCUGCAGUCCCUGGAGAUUAGCGAAUAGCUGUGCUUUCUGUCUGGUGGCCUGUUUUAACCCUGCCAUUGUCAGUCUUAUCUGGACUAAACAUAUUUGUGGACUUACACAAAGCACGUGUCAUAACCAAGCAGAGAGAGGAAAAAGGGAACACAGAUAAAACCGAGGUGCUCAUUUGUCAUUGUCGUCUUGAAUGUAAAUAAUUUUGUGUUGGAUCAUAUCGGUGAAUCUCGUGCUGUCCUGAUACACUCGUGGAAUUAAAGAAGCUGUUCAGAUA